AUGUUUAAGAAGGAUAUAACCUCCGGCGCGAAGUCGAAGGUGAAGUCUUCAGUGCAGCGCACCAUCCGCCAGAAAGUGCUUGACGCAUAUCCUCUCCUCGAACCGUACAUCGAGGAUAUCCUACCCAAGAAAGAGCAACUCGAUCUCGUAAAACUACCAGACCGCGUAUCCCUCUACACCCUCCAAUCGACCCCGCUCUUCUUCCAACACAUGGAUGAUGCCAUCCUACCGCACCUCACGAUCGUGCACCGCUACCCGAAUUGCUUCCCUAGACUACGCAUUGAUCGCGGUGCCAUACGUUUUGUGCUCUCCGGUGCGACCCUCAUGGCGCCUGGUCUGACCUCUCCGGGUGGCCGCUUGCCUGGCGAUCCAAACGAUACGGAAGGAAGAUAUGGCAAGGAAGAAUUGGAAGCGGGCACGCCAGUAGUGAUUGAGGCCGAGGGCAAAGAGACAGCGUGCAUGGUAGGUGUGCUGAAGGUUGGCACGGCAGAGAUGAAGAAGACAAAGAAGGGUCAGGCGUGUGAGGCGGGGCACUAUUUGGGGGAUGGGCUGUGGACGCUGUCGUUAUGA